UUCGUCUGACUGCAGUAGRAUUGUUUAGAGCUUAUAGUUUUUGAAAUUAGCYUUAUUUUACUCUUUUAUAAGUCAAGAUGCUAGGUACAGAUAACUAUAUAAUUUCAAACAACGAUUUAAACAAUAUCGACAAUGAUUUCAAGAAGAUUUCGCUCGACAAGGUCAAAGACAUCAUUCCAACUGAACCCGACGCUGAAGACGAAAAUGUGGUAUUAACGGUAUCAAACAGAACACCACCUAAACCCAAGAAGAAAGUUCCCUUUAACACCGAAGAUGAACCAUUACUUCGAGAAAACCCACACCGUUUUGUCAUCCUCCCCAUCAAAUACCCUAGAAUCUGGCAGAUGUACAAGAAAGCAGAGGCUUCUUUCUGGACAGCCGAGGAAGUUGACCUGGCAAAGGACAAAAUYGACUGGCUUAAGCUUAAUGAUGAUGAACGCCACUUUAUCUCRCAUGUCUUAGCCUUCUUCGCUGCAAGUGAUGGUAUUGUCAAUGAAAACCUUGUUGAGUGCUUUAGUCAAGAAGUUCAAAUCCCUGAAGCAAGGUGUUUCUAUGGUUUCCAGAUUGCUAUCGAGAAUAUCCAYUCAGAGAUGUACAGUCUUUUGAUAGAAGCCCUCGUUGAAGACAGUGAAAAGAARCAAAACUUGUUCAAUGCUAUCCAAACACUUCCCGCAGUAAUGAAGAAAGCUCAUUGGGCUCUUGAAUGGAUCAACCCUGAAAGGGCAAGCUUUGCUGAAAGAGUGGUUGCCUUUGCUGCUGUUGAAGGAAUUUUCUUUUCYGGGUCUUUUGCUGCAAUCUUCUGGCUGAAGAAAAGAGGACUGAUGCCUGGCUUAACAUUCUCAAAUGAGCUGAUUAGUCGUGAUGAGGGACUCCAUUGUGACUUUGCAUGUUUGAUGUAUGAACACCUAGUACACAAGCCAUCAGAGGAAACAGUKAAACAGAUUAUCAAAGAUGCUGUUGUUAUUGAACAAGAGUUCCUAACUGAUGCUUUACCUUGUAAAUUGAUUGGAAUGAACAGUGAUUUGAUGAAACAAUACAUUGAGUUUGUUGCUGAUAGAUUGUUAGUGGCUUUGCAAUGUACAAAGGUUUACAAUGUCGCAAAUCCUUUUGAUUUCAUGGAGAACAUCUCUCUUGAAGGAAAGACCAACUUCUUUGAAAAACGAGUAGGCGAAUAUCAGAAGAGUGGAGUWAUGGGCAACAAAGAGAACCAGAGAGUAUUUACAAUGGAUUGUGACUUUUAAAUUGAACAUUUGUAUAUACAUCAUACUUUUUAGCUUUGAUCUUUAUAAUAGCUGAUGUUCAAAUUGACCAUCCGUUCAUACAUAAAUUAUUAUAUACAUACAAUGUAGAUUUUGUAUGGAAAAUGUAAAUACACAAGAUUUUUAUAUUCUUUUUUACAGUCG